GGGAGAGUAAGGGUCUACUGUUGCAUACUCGAUAGUAGUCAGUAUACAGAUAUGCUGUGCAGUGUGUAGUAUGCAGUACUCCAGUAUUCCAUUCCGCACGGUUUGCGUUGAGCCACGCCCCGUCGGUCUCAGGGGGGCGGGGUCAGCACAUGUGUCAGCAGCAGCAGCGUGAGUCAGUCCAACAAUCUCACCCUCAUCCGCCCGGACUGUUUUAAACUCUCAAGAAUGUUUAUCCUCGUAUCAGUUCUCUUCUGCAUCACAGCAUAAAGGACAUUCACUGAAUCACAGCACCUUCCUCUAUCUUCUUCAUCAUCAUCAUCAUCAUGUCUGGGAAGUCAGACGGAGUGCAGAAGAAGUGGGCGGCCGUGAGGGGUCGACUGGGUUCAUCUCAGGACUCGGAUGGCUCGCAGGAGGCCAACCUGGAGAACGCAGAGGCAGAGCUGUGCAUCCGUCUGCUGCAGGUGCCCAGUGUGGUCAACUACUCCGGCCUGAAGAAGCGUCUGGAGAAAAGCGACCAGGCCUGGAUGGUGCAGUUCCUGGAGCUCUCGGGGCUCGACCUGCUGCUGGAAGCCCUGGACCGGCUGUCGGGACGCGGAUGCUCUCGGAUCGCAGACGCUCUGCUGCAGCUCACGUGUGUCAACUGCGUGAGAGCCGUCAUGAACUCGUCCGCCGGGAUUCACUUCAUCGUGGAUAAUGAGGGAUACGUGCGCAAGCUGUCGCAGGCUUUGGACACGUCCAACACCAUGGUGAAGAAGCAGGUGUUCGAGCUGCUGGCGGCCCUCAGCAUGUUCUCCUCUGAGGGACACCGACUCGCUUUAGACGCACUGGACCAUUACAAGUCUGUGAAGACGCAGCAGUAUCGAUUCAGUGUGAUUAUGAACGAACUACGAGCCACUGAUAACGUGCCUUACAUGGUGACCCUUCUGAGUGUCAUAAACGCCUUCAUCUUCAGCGCCGACGACCUGCGCCAACGGGACAAGAUGCGCAAGGAGUUUAUCGGAUUACAGCUGCUUCACCUACUGCCAAAGCUGAGAGAAGAGGACGAUGAAGACUUGAUCAUCCAGUGCGAGGCGUUUGAAGAGGCCAUGGCUGAGGAUGAGGACGAGCUCCUGAGGCUGUAUGGAGGAAUUGACAUGAGCAACCAUCAGGAAGUCUUCACAUCUCUGUUUAAUAAGGUGAGCAGUUUCCCAUCUUCACAGCAGCUGUUGUCUAUAUUACAAGCGCUGCUUCUUCUGGGUCCCGAGCAAGCAGAUAUCUGGCAGGUGCUGGAGUCGCUCACGAACCGGGCCACGCUGAUCGCUCAGAGCUCUGAGAUGGAUUCGUGUGAGAAGAUUCUGCAGCGUCUCGUCUUCUCUAAGGAAGCAGCCAAAGGUUCUUCUGAGGUCAAAAGAAAGAAUCAAGCCGUUCAGACUGAGGCGAAAGACGAGAAACUGGAAUGUUCUUGCAGAUCAACCAACCAUGAACCACUGCGCAACUCCACGAAGCCUGUAUCUUCUCCCCCUCCUCCUCCUCCUCCUCCUCCUCCUCCUCUGCCCGGCAUGCAACCUCCCCUCAAAACAGGAGCUGGACCUCCUCCUCCUCCUCCUCCUCCUCCUCCUCCACCACCUCCUGUACCAGGAUCAGGGAUGCCGCCGCCGCCUCCUCCUCCACCUCUUCCUGGGUUGGGUUCUGCAGGUCCACCACCGCCUCCACCUUUACCUGGAAUGGGUGUGCCUCCUCCUCCUCCUCUGCCAGGAAUGGGUGCACCUCCACCUCCUCCUCCUCCACCUGGUUGUGGUGUAAAUGGCCCACCCUGCCCUCCUCCUCCUCCUGGUAUGGGCGACGUAAUCGUGGCGCAGACGUUUCAUCCAAUUGGGCAAUACUACAGCGCCCCCGUGAAGACCGGCCCUCAUCCCACCCUCAGGAUGAAGAAACUCAACUGGCAGAAACUCAAUUCCAGAGCGGUGACUGAUGGUACUUCUCUGUGGGCGUCUGUCACGAAUGAUUCACCCCUGGAGCCGAACUACACCAGCAUUGAGCAGCUCUUCUGUCUGCCGGUGGCUGAACCCAAAGACAAGAACCCGGCCGCCCCGGUCAAGAAAGAACCCAAAGAGAUUUCCUUUAUUGACUCCAAGAAGAAUCUGAACCUGAAUAUAUUUCUGAAGCAGUUCAAGUGCUCUCAUGAAGAGUUUGUGGCGAUGGUGCAGAAAGGAGACUGUUCGAAAUUUGACGUUGAGUCUUUGAAACAGCUUCUGAAACUGCUUCCGGAAAAACAUGAGAUUGACAACUUAAAAUCCUUUCAAGGAGAUCCAGACAAACUGGCCAACGUGGACCGCUUUUACCUCUCACUGCUGGCUGUACCCUGUUACCAGCUGAGGAUUGAAUGCAUGUUACUGUGUGAGGAGACGCUGUCGGUGCUCGAUAUCCUGAAGCCGAAGGUUGAGCUGGUGGAAACGGCCUGUGAAAGUCUCAGGAAAAGUUCACUGCUGCCCAGUUUCUGCAAGCUCAUCCUUGAUGUUGGAAACUUCCUCAACUAUGGAAGUCACACAGGAAACGCUGAGGGAUUCAAGAUUAGUUCCCUGUUGAAACUCACAGAAACCAAAGCAAACAAGAGUCGCAUCACCCUCUUACAUCACAUCCUUGAGGAAGCCGAAUUAAACCACCCAGAGCUGCUGAAACUUCCAGAAGAAAUCGAGGCCUGUGAGAUAGCAGCCGGCGUAAAUCUGGACUCGAUUCAGGCAGAAACAAAUAAUCUUCUAAAGAGACUGAAAGAUGCAGAGAAAAGGGUGUCUUCAUCAGUUGAGGACGUCAAGGAGCAGUUUUUAGGGGUUAUAGAGAGGAACCUGACGGUGUGUAAAGCUCUGGAGGAGCGUUUUACAAACAUAGACAACAGGAAAGGAGAUCUGGCUCAGUAUCUCUGUGAAGACGCCGGUCAGCUCUCGCUGGAUGAACUCUUCAGCACCAUCAAAACCUUCCGUCAACUCUUCCUCAAAGCCUUAAAGGAAAACAAGAUCCGUAAAGAACAAGCUGCCAAAGCUGAGAAAAGAAAACAGCAGCUGGCGGAGGAGGACUCCAAGAGACAGAAAGGAGAAGAUGGGAAGAUAAUCAGAAGAGGGCCUGUGCCGCAGGAAGAAGGCUGCAUCGUCGAUCAACUCUUGGCGGAUAUUCGAAAGGGUUUCCAUCUGAGAAAGACUCGUCCCAGGUGCGAAACGGAAAGUGCCCCUUCUAGUGAAAUGCAUAGGGAUACGGGACCGUCCGCAGCAAGUGUCAGGUCUGUCGGAGAAGAAGCUGGAUCGUCUGCGGUCGGAACGUCUCCGCCGGUCCUGGAUUCUUCUCCAGGAGAUCCGGCCAAAGGUUGCGGCACGAAUCCCAGAGGUGAAGUAACCUCGUUGAGUAACGGCGAGCCAGAGAGCCUUCCUUCAGACGUAAAGGAGCCUCGACCACCUCAAACCAUCGCUGCGAUCGAUUCUACACUCAUGGAUUUACCACAAAACCUGUCUGUGAGCACCAGGACUGAGGAAAACCCUUCCACAGACACACCCGCUCAGGAACGAACCGCAGCGGAUCAGACUGACGUCUCACCCAGCAGCCUUACAAAUCCACAACUACAAAAUCAUAAUGCAAAUAAUAUCAGGUCGAUGGACAAUGAUGCGACUCGCUCCGCACCAGUAAAUACAACUGAGAGUAAAGACAGAUGUGUCGACGACCCGCUGCAGUCGAGUAACGCUUACAUCGAUGACAUCAGUAAGGAGUCGUCAGGAAACCGUGUUCCGACACCUGAUGAAGCAGACGGAGUGAUACCACAAGCCACGCCUACUCCUUCUGUAGACUCCGCCCACCCGAAACCUGAAAAAAAGAAAUCUCUCUUCCAAAGAAACAAAAAAAGCAGUAAUGAAGUCGAGGGUAACAGAGGCAAUGGACGCUCUAAAAAGGAAUGUGUGUUGCAGUAAGGAAGCUCCAGGAAAAGGAGAACAAAAGGGAAAAGGAAAAGUUGAGCACGUUCCUGCUGUGAUCCUGUUAUCCCACCGGAUCUGGAGUUGCCUGAGCGGAGGAACAACUAAUGGCGUACUUUAAAGAAAUACAAUCUGUGUAAAAGAGUUUGGCCUGAAGUGUUUUUAAAUGCUACAUAUUUAGAUUUGACCAAACUAUUUUUAAUAUUUGCACUCUGUAAGAUACAUUUAUGAUCCUCCAAAACUUUGUUUACAUAAAGAGCGGUUAGAGGAGAGAGAAAAAAUGUCUGAUCAUGAACCUUUAAGAGUCUGUACUGUUUCUGAACCCUUUAAGAUCACCUGCUGUUCACUAUUAAUAUCGCUCUGAAUCAUGUUAGCUUUAUAUAUUAUGAAGAUGUUUGGCAUAAACCCUGAAAAGUAUUUUGUUCUUAUAAUAUCAGUUCUAAAGUAUUACUGUCAUAAGAUUUCUUAGCAGAAAUGAUUAUAUUUUGCGCUUGCAGUGGUUGAGCUGGACUGUUAUUUUCAUUCGAGUGUGACUUUCAUAUUGAUGUCAGUAUGUAUUUUGAUGUAUGUCAAGAAAAUCUAUAAAUUAUAUAUAAAUAAAAAUGUGCAAUCAG